UCUAAUCUGCCCACUUAUAGUGGUACGACGUUAAAUAAAUUGUUAGUAAAUGGAUCAAAGCGACCAGACUCAAACGUUUUUGCGUAGAAAAGUGAACGAAGUCAGGAUGUGCUGCCUAGCGGAAUUUAUCGUCAAAUAUGUGUUGAUUAUAGUCAACAUCGUUUUUGCUCUCGCCGGUCUAGCAAUCAUCGGCCUGGGAACAGCAGUGCACGUCAACCUGAAUGACUUCUACCAGAUCAUUGACAUCAGGGUCCUGACCAUCUCCGUCAUCGUGCUAGGAUGCAUCGUCUUCGUGAUAGCGUUCUGCGCUUGCUGCGGCGCCAUCAGGGAGUCCAAGUGCAUGCUGGGUUUCUACGCAGCCUGCAUGGCGAUACUGGCAGCCCUGAAGAUCUAUAUCACAGUGGUGAUAUUCUCAUUCCUGGGACAUACCAUGGAUACCAUAUCGAAAUGGCUGGACACUGCGUUCAAGAAUAGGGAUCUGGAUCCAGUUUUCAAUGGGUUGGAGAUGCUGUUCCAAUGUUGCGGUACAAACGGUACCUCCUCGUAUGUAGCAGCAGGUCGCCCAAUCCCAGUGUCUUGCUGCCCCCAUCCGGAAGCGGAGACUCCGUUGCAGUGUGACAGCACCAACGCGUUUGGAGGCUGCACUGACAAGCUGAGCGACUACUUCGACACCUUUGGGGAAGCUAUCGGAGGAGUCUUGGUCGUGGUCAUCAUUGUCGAAUGCAUCUGUGUCAUCUUCGGCCUGUUCAUGUGCUGUCAGAUAAGGGGGCGAAGGACUGUAUAAAUUAAAAAUAAAAUAAAACACAAUUUUAUCAUGUAACCUUUUAAAACAAAAGGACAAAUGAUAAACUCAUCGACGCCAUCUCAAAACGUUUAAUUUAUUUAAUAAUAUUUAAAGUUAAUUUGCCAUAAUUUUAGUUAAUAAGUACUUAUUUUAAUUAUGUUAUAAUUAUAAUAAAUUAUCUUUUUU